GGGCCCGAAGUAGAACGGAGGGGAAGGAGCGCAUGCGCAUAUGGUGUACGACUCGGCGGUUGCGAAGCUAGCAAGGGUUGAAUAACGGACCUUGGGGCAAAGCCAUUUCCCACCCCCCUAAAGGGGUGUGUGGGUAGGAGAUAUUGGGAAAACCCAUGUUCCUUCGGCGCAGGGGUGAAAGCAGGUAUAUGCUACAAGCUGGAGAGGUGUGCCUGCACUGUCCGCGAUUCAGCCGGGUCAGUUCUGAUGACUAGAUGUUUAUUGCAGAGUCGUCGUAUCUCUUCGAGGAGAAUGGGAGGUGCGGUCUGGUGAAACACGGCCAUUGACAUGUAGACGGACGUGCUUUAGAUGAUGGUCGCUGCUCUUCUUGGAGGAGGAAAUCUAUUUUGGUCAAUGCUCAUUUGCAUAGGUACUGUUUUUACGGACUGCCAGGAUGCCUACCCUGGAGCCAGAGCAGCUGGCCAUCAGGGAAAUGCGGGAGGCUGAGGCAACAGUAGUCCUGGAACUUCUGAAGGAUGGAUUCAAAGAUACGGAGAAUCGGCUGAUACUGUAUGUACUGACACGGCCCUUGGCGUUGCUGCUGAUGGCGGUGGUGAGCAGUGGCCUGCGCUUCUUCCUGAACUCUUUCGUGGUGGCCCUUGUGCUGCCGGUGUUGCUCACUGUCGUGGCUCUGAAACUUCUGCUGUGGCGCUCACCAGACCUGAAGCACCUGUAUGCCUACUACAAUGCAGCCCAGCGUGGGCUCUGGGUGGCUGUGUAUGACGAGGACGACGUGUGUGGCUGUGUGGCUCUGGAGCCCCACAGCGAGGAGCCCCGCACUGCUGAGCUCAAACGCCUGGCUGUCAACCGCUGGUAUCGGCGUUCUGGUGUAGGUCGCUGCCUCCUCAACUUCCUAGAAGCGCAGGCUCGUGCACAGGGCUUCAAGUACCUGGUGGCCCGGGUUUCAGUGGUCACCAAGGCAGCUAUUGGGCUCUUUGAGAGUAGUGGCUACAGUGUCAGUGGUGGGCGCCGAUGGCUGGGCUACACAGUUCAGCAGGAGUUCAGCAAGGAGCUUUAGCCACUGUGCCUGCUAGUUAGCCACUGGGCUACUAGCUAGAGACCCAGGCAGGGACAGUAUGUGGCCUUGACUAAUUAUGCCCCUGAAUGGGGAAAGCACAGAGCUCCAGAAUCAGGCUGUGGUGGUGAGCAAGCCCCAUCUCUUGGCCCCAAACAUGGUGGCCCCUCUCAGCAAGGUGGCGUUCUUGGCCUGGGAAUUAGUGGGGGUAUUUUGCAACCAUGAAUGAAAAGCUAAUCGGGAUAAAGGAUUGAGCCUUGCGUGUCAAUAAGACUUUGUUCCUUUUAGGGGUUCCAAGUAAAGCUAUCUCAGUUUAUUCACCCUCAGGUUGGGGAACAAGAACAAACACAUCACCCUUUCCUCCUGGUCAGGCCAGGGCUGUGUGCCUACUCUACACUCAACACAUUCAAAUUUUGCACUAAGGCAACCUCAAAAUUCCAUGACUUGAAUAAAUUAUGUAAAUCAUGCAAAUUUGGAAAGAUUGCCUUGCAUAAUUUAAUCCCAUUCUGUUAGCCGUGAAAAGUGGGGGCAGUACUAUUCAGAAGACUCCCUUGCAAGCCCUUCUGAAAGCACACACUAUUUCUAAAACUUCACCCAGAUCUGCCCAUGUCUUAGAGUAGUAGAUGGAAGGCACGGGUUCAUUAAAUAGAAUCUGAGAAGGGGUUAAGGAGUCCAUAUAAUGCUAACACUCGCGUGGCAGGCCUUCUAUGCCUGCCUGCUCCUCAUGGCCAUUCUGUCCCAUGCGGGUCUCCUGAUGGUUCGCUAGCUCGAUAGCUCUUCUUUUCUUCCCUCUGUUCCUUCUUCCUUUCUCCUCUCCCUUCUUUUCGAACCACCUUAACUGCCUCCUUCCCAAUAUUCCACCCCCUUGGCAACGGUUGCUUAGACCCUGUUGCCUGGAUACGCCCUCUGACAUCAGCUACAUUAUCUUCACAACUCUGAGAAAAAGGUGAAAGCUAAGAUUUCUAAGAUGUUGAGUUGCGGAGAUUUGCACUGCUCUGUUUUCAUAUGAUAUUUUUUUUGUCUCCUACUAGAUUCUGUAGUCCAAAGGUGCCCCCCCCACACACACAGGUUUUGUCACUUAAUUUUUGUCACUUACCUAUAUGUAGUCAUUUGGUGGUGAUUUUGAGGCAGGUUUUGCUACUGUAUGAGGUCAUUCACACAAUCAAAAACUGUUCUACCCAGGUUUGAGAGCUGUGUGCGCUCCCAAUUUUUGGUUGUGUGGAAACAAGGUUGAAGGAAAAGCUAUCCAGGUUUUCCUCCUA